GGCCCGGCCCAGCGCCCCGCGCCCCCCUCCCCUCGCUCGCUCCGCUCCGGUGCCGAAGCGCGUGUGCGCGUCGCUGCGGCCAUGAGUGGCUGGAACUGCUACAUCGACAGCCUGAUGGCGGACAACACCUGCCAGGACGCGGCCAUCGUGGGCUACAAGGACGCGCCCUCCGUCUGGGCCGCCGCCCCGGGCAAGACCUUCGCCAACAUCACGCCCUCCGAAGUGAACGUCCUGGUCGGGAAGGACCGCAGCAGCCUCUUCGUGAACGGGCUGACGCUGGGCGGGCAGAAGUGCUCGGUCAUUCGGGACAGCCUGCACACGGACGGGGAGAGCACCAUGGACCUGCGGACAAAGAGCUCCGGCGGCGCCCCCACUUACAACAUCACGGCUGCCAUGACCAACAAGACAAUCGUCCUCGUCAUGGGGAAGGAAGGCAUCCACGGUGGCUGCAUCAACAAGAAGUGUUACGAGAUGGCCAACCACUUGCGGCGGUCACAGUAUUGACCCGCCUGCUGGUCCCAUCUGUGGUACUACUGAUGGAACGGUUUGAGGAUGUCCAAGACGGCAGCGACCACCCGGGGGCCCCGGCCUCGCCAUCGUGGGACCGGCCCUGGUACAAGAUCGCCGCAUAUUCCAACAUUUCCUGCUCACGGCCUCUCCUUCCUUUGCUUCUCCCAUUUUUUUUCUAACGCCCCCACUCCUUGCAAACCUUCCUCCCUCAUUUUCUUUUUUGCCAUUUUUUUUCUACCACAAAUCCUUAUCGCUGCCAAAUUUUCUGGUUGUUACAAGGUGUAGCUUUUUUGAUGAAGAAAACUAUAUUGGAACAAGAAAAAAUAAAAACAAAUUGAAUUCUAA